UCUGGGAAAUAAAGCGGCCUCCACAUGCAACGGCGACGUCGAAGAACCGGAAGUGUACAAUGUGAAAUUGCACACGAGCCUUGAAGCGGCACGAACCAAACAUAACCUAUUUUAAAGUCGCACUAACCUAACCUCAUUUUGCGUUUAGUUGUCAAUGUACAUACAGAAUUUGCGGAAUUCAAGGCGCAUUAGAGUUUUGCCAAAUAGCCGUCAGAGGAAAUGGCGCAGGCGGAGAUCAUUGAACUGAUGUCGGACGAGGACGAGGAGAGCGGGAAGAAAGGUAAUGCGUGCAAUAGUAAUUGCAUCAAUUUUAAAUGCCGCUCCGGAGUAAACAUGAACGUGGCACCUUCCUUCGCGUGCGCAUUCUACGGCGCUUCGCUGGGGAAGAAGAGGAAGAAACGCGUGAUAUGCGAAGAGUGCUUCAACGUUGCACUGCAACAUCAGAAGCUAUUGGUACAAGCCUUUGUGAAGAACACGUCGCUAUUAGAGUGUCCCUUUCCGGACCAUACAAUGGAAGUGGAGAUAUCCGACAGCGACGAUUCCGACGGCGAGAAGAAGGAGACCGAUAGUAACGAAUACAUACCGGAGGACGUACUUUUAGAUAUCAGCAAUAAGUUAGAGGACACGCUGUCACACGUCUACAAAAAGUACAACGUGGAGCAGCAAACGAAAAUCGCGUGCGAGAGCUUGAAGAAGAGGUGGCGGGACGUAAACGCGGCGAACGAGUCUCUCAAUACCGAGAUACGGGAUAUGAUGCGUACCGUGGACAAACUGCGGAACAGAUUGUACAACGACUUUCGGCCGCAGAUCAAAAUGCUCCAGGAAUUGCAGAUCAACGACGAGAUCACGGAGACCAGCCAUCCGCUUGUAGCAACGAAGAAAGUGACGCAAGUACGCGUGCCACCUUCAUUGCUGUUGCAAGACAGUCAGCUGGAGGUCUUGGCGAUUGAACCGUUGCGCACCAAGGAGACGAUAGUCCCCAAUUUGCCGCCGAAUGGUCCAGUCAUUAAGCGAGCUCCGGCGAUAGACGAUAUCGUUUAUAUCAUGAAAACUCCUGUUAUGCCGUGGAUCAAGGCAAAGGUACAAAGUAUAGUCGCGACAAGUCCGUCGUGGAUCAUUCGCGUGAAACUCGUCCAGAAGAAGUACAAUUCGGCGAUCAAGACCAUAUGCGGUAAACUGGUGGCAUUAACCGAAGUGAGUAAAGUUAUUAUCCCGGUUGGGACGCGGGUUGUGGCUAUAUUUCGCGAUGACGUUUCCAACAAUUACUACAGCGGGAUUAUUGCCGAGACACCGAAGUCUAUAAAUAAGUACAGAUAUCUGGUGUUUUUUGACGACGGUUACGCUCAGUACGUUGUCCACACCGACAUCUACCUGGUCUGGGAGACCUCGCUGCGCAUUUGGGAAGACAUUCCCAGCGAGUCGCGAGAGUUCGUCAAGAAGUACAUGGAAUCGUAUCCCGAGCGGCCGAUGGUGAAGUUGCAGCCGGGUCAAAUGGUCAAGACCGAGUGGAAGGGAAAGUGGUGGCUCGCGAAAGUCAUGCAGGUCGACGCGAGUUUAGUGCAAAUGCACUUUAACGCUGAUAAGAGAACCGAAUGGAUUUACCGCGGAUCGACGAGACUGGGUCCUCUGUACAUCGAGGCGCUCAGAGCAAUCGCGAGGCAGAAACCUCAGCAGCCCGGCAAUGCGCACAGCCGACAUCGUAUUCCCGUCCCGGCUAACAAAAAUAACUUGCCCUACGUCGAAUAUACAUCCAAUGUGGAGGAAGACGCGCAAAACGUGCCAGCGGAGAAAGCGGCAGUCGCCACGAGUGUGGCGUCUGGCACGCCGUCCGCCGCGCCGCAACAGUCGCGUGCAGUGGCUAAGAAAAGCACUGCCAGACGGCAGACUAAUGUAGAUACAACAUACAAUUCCACCGUGGAAACGAAACCGUCGCACAGCAUUGUCUUUUAUCAUAAGCAAGGCAAGUUUGAGCCGAAGAAGUACGUCGCACACAAGUGCGGGCCGAAGUGUAUCAAGAGCGUCAAGACUUUGCACGAGGAUCUCAAAGGGCUUUCUCCGCUCUCUAUUCCGCUGCUGUGCGGUUGGCACCGUCAGCUCUGCAAGUUCUCCAAGGGCAAGAAAGUUAUACUGUACCAGACACCGUGCGGCGUCAGAUUGCGAAAUAUAGAAGAGCUGCACCGUUAUCUCCGCACCACCAGCAGCACGUUGUCCGUCGAUCUGUUCGACUUCGACUAUUGGGUGCGCGCUUUCGCCGAUUUUGUCGUGGAGAAGUGUUUCAUUAACAUCAAGGAUCUCAGUUACGGCGUAGAAAAUGUGCCGAUAGCGUGCGUGAACGAUUUGGAUCACACGCAACCGGACACCAUAAAGUACACCACACGUCGGGAGCCAACGGAGGGUGUUCAUCUCAAUCUGGACCCCGCGUUCUUGUGCAGCUGCGACUGCGAGGACGAUUGUCAGGACAAAGAAAAAUGCCAAUGCUGGCAGAUGACGAUACAAGGGGCGACUCUGGGUGGAAAAGUGCCAAACACCGCUGUCGGUUAUGUUUACAAACGCUUGCCGGAACCGGUCACCACGGGGAUCUACGAGUGUAAUUCGGGCUGCAAGUGUUCCGUGAAAACGUGUCUCAAUAGAGUGGUGCAGCAUCCUCUCAGAUUGAAGCUGCAAGUAUUCAAAACAGGACCGCGCGGCUGGGGCAUAAGGUGCCUCAAUGAUGUUCCUCAUGGCGCUUUUAUCUGUAUUUAUGCAGGGAGAUUACUCACCGAACAGGGCGCAAACGAAGGGGGCAAAAAUUACGGCGACGAGUAUCUGGCCGAGUUAGAUUACGUGGAGGUGGUAGAGGGUUUCAAGGAGGGCUACGAAAGCGACGUUCUCGAACCGGAAUUGUCGGUGUCGUCAACGGAGGAUGACAGUAAGAAGAAAGCUAGCGACGAGGAAGAGGAUAACACGAAGGAAAGCACCAAUGACUCGGACGAAGAUUUCAAUAUUGAUAGCUAUGUGAAUUCCAAUAAAGAUUUGUUGGAAACAACCGCGGAAUCUUCGUCUAUUAGGAAGCGUCUAAGGAAACGAAAAAGACACGAAAGAGACAAUCCACCAAAUGCAUUCGAAGAAACCAGCGAAGACGGGAGUAUAACGAGAGGUUUGGAAAAUAUGGCAAAAUCGUUUUUGACUGAGACUCACGAUACGAUCAAUAUCAGCGACGACGAUGACAGUAGAAGUGACAUAAGAGAACCGAGUAGAUUUGAGCCUAGUGUAGAACCAAAGGAAAUAGAGGGACCAAAAUUGAAGUCCGUGAGAGAUUACUUCGGCGAAGACGAAGCCGUUUACAUUAUGGAUGCCAAAACUACUGGAAAUAUCGGCCGUUACUUGAACCACUCCUGCGAUCCAAACGUGUUUGUGCAAAAUGUGUUUGUCGAUACACACGACGUGCGUUUUCCCUGGGUGGCUUUCUUCGCGUUACAAUACAUAAAGGCCGGACAAGAGCUUACGUGGAAUUACAGUUACGAUGUGGGAAGUAUACCGGGUAAAGUGAUUGUUUGUAAAUGUGGUGCGGCUAAUUGUAGAGGCCGUCUUCUGUGAACUGUGCAUUUUGUGGUAAUAAAUUUGGCCCUUUUUAUAAAUGGAACUCAUUUUCUCUAGCAAAGUCGACAGUAAGUAUACGAUAUGCAGGUGCCAUGCUACAGUCGUCGCUUAUCUUUAUCGGAAAAAAGUUUGUGAGAGAAAUAAACAAGUGCA